UAAACUUCAGUGGGAAAAGAUCAACAUGGCCGCAUGCUAGUUUUAAUUUUUCUUUACUGUUUGCCAACAUAUAAGAGGGUUUAAAACGCCAAUAAACCCGUCUUUUUCAUCUCAACCUAAUAAGGGCGCUGAUUAAUUAAGGUUGAAGUGAAAUUGAGUAAAGAUUUGAGUGUUAAUAAUACGUUAAAGAGCUUACCGGUAAUUUGCAACAGAGAAGCUAUUCAUUACUACAGCAUUUGAGGAUUUGUAUAGAAUUUAUUUACUCUCUCUAAUUCCGUAACGCCGCUGUGAUAGAUCUAAUUAUGUUGCAUCACCAGCAGACAAUGCCGAUUCCACCAAAUCAACUCAGAGAUGCAAGCAGGUUGGGACAAGUCCCAAUGAGGCUGCCUCAGCAACAGCAGCAAAGGCAGCCUCUUAUUAUGGGAAUGCAACCCCCAGCAAGCGGUGCCCAUGGUUCAAUUGUGACGUUGCUGCCUGCUCCAGUUAUGCCCCCUACUGCCCUUGCUCCUCAGCAGACUACGAAGAAUCCCGCUGCAGUAAUGCUGAUGAAUGAGGGAGAAAGUACGCGACAGCAGCAUGCACCAUCACAAUCUGGCACUCACUGUACAUCCACAAUCACUGUCUCAAACACAGCCACAGCAACAACAGCAACAGCAACAUCACCAUCACCGUCAACAUCUACCACUAAUGCUACAUCUUCUGCUAAUAGUACAACCACGUCAACAAACUUGGCAAACACGAAAGAGAAAACCCCUAUGUGUCUUGUCAAUGAACUUGCAAGAUUCAACAAGAUUCAGCACCAGUACCGUCUGACAAAUGAACAAGGACCACCCCACAAAAAACGUUUUACAGUUACAUUAAAGCUAGGUGAUGAAGAGUAUUCAGCCGAGGGUGCGAGUAUUAAAAAAGCACAACAUUCAGCUGCAAGUGAGGCCCUACAGCACACACAAUACAAGCAUCCUCCGCCAAAAACUUCUCGGAAUAUUAGAACAGGAAAAAGUAAUAUCACUCCCACAGUUGAGCUGAAUGCAUUGGCAAUGAAGAGAGGGGAGCCAGCAGUUUAUACUUUCAUAGAACCUCCACAUAACGGAACACCGCACAAUAUGUAUUUGCCUCCGCCACCUCAUAAUUUUAAUUAUAGGGGAAUGUAUAAUCAGGUCCGAGGCUACCCCUUUGAUCAAAACAGGCGUGGUAUUGGACCCCGCCCACCACCCUACCCUGGAUGUGAGCCACAGAGAUUUCAUCAUUAUGGAAAAAUACCUGCUGCUUUCCAUCCACCAAUGUUCUAUGUAUCACUUCGUGUUGGUUCGCGGGAGUUCAUAGGAGAAGGCAUGUCAGGACAAGCUGCAAAACAUGAUGCUGCCUCUAAAGCAUUGAGUCAACUCAGGAACCUUCCUUUACCAGAAGAAACAAUACAACAGCGUGAUGGGACCCAGGAAAAUGGAAAUUGUUUGGAUUCUGAUCCAAAUGCUGAUCUCAAAUCUCCCAUUUCGCUGGUGCAUGAAAUUGCACUUAAACGUAAUCUACCAGUGAAUUUUGUGGUAGAAAGUGAAAAAGGACCACCACACAUGCGUACAUUUGUGACGAAAUGUACAGUGGGGGACAAGGUCACAACUGGCCAAGGAAAUGGGAAGAAGUUAUCAAAGAAGAGAGCAGCUGAGAAGAUGUUGGAGGAACUGAAGAAGCUUCCACCUUCAUCUCCAACCAACCUGACAACCAGCAUGUCGAGGUUAAAACGCCGUGCAAAUCCAGGCAAAAAGAAGACACGAAAUCUAAUUAAAGUUUAUCAGCAGGAACAGAAAGGAGAGCCUGAAUACGGUGAAGAUAUCCAUCCUGUAACGCGUUUGAUUCUGAUACAGCAAGCAAAAAAGAUGCGAGAACCAGUGUAUACAUUGGUGGAAGAGCGCGGAGUACCCCGUCGAAGAGAAUUUGUCAUGGAGGUGACUCUGGGUCAACAUACAUAUCAAGGAACAGGUUCCAACAAAAAGUUGGCUAAGCGUGCAGCAGCUGAAGGCUUACUACAGUUGCUUGGCUAUUCAAGACCUGUUGCACAACCUGCUAAGCCAUCUAUCAAAACUGGUGAAGCUCAAGAAAGUGAUAAAAAUCGUAAGGUCACAUUUUUAGAUGAAGAAAAGACUCCAGAAAUGCCAGCAGGUGGUAGCAGUGGGCGUCAACUGGUGCCUGGAUUGCUACUCAUGUCUGACAACAAUACAACAAAUGGUUAUAAUCAGAAUACGCCAACAAAAGUAUCUGGUGUCAACAUACAAACCACUGCAGCUAUAGCAAAAGAAUUGCUUAUUGGUGGUAAUUCACCGACUGCUGAGGCUCUGGCAAAAUCAGCCCACUCUCAUAAAAACGUGCAGACAACUUCUUUGAAACCACCAACACCACAAAGCCAAGGAGUCCGGCCGAAAGAUCAGUUACUGUAUCUUGCUCAACUGCUUGGCUUCCAAGUUCAGUUCUCAGAUUUUCCAAAGGGAAACCAUAGUGAGUUUUUGAGCCUAGUAUCAUUAUCAACUGAUCCCCCUCAAGUUUGUCACGGUGCUGGGUCAACAACAGAUGCAUCUCAUGACCAGGCAGCACUAACAGCACUGCGAGCCUUAUCAGAGAUGGGUCUGGAUUCUGUUUCUUCAUCUGGUGGCACUGUAAAAAAGGAGCAAAGUCAGGGAGAUGGGUAAGCAUUCUCAAGAAACAUUGUAUAUGGCUUCAUCUCAAUCAGCAGUCCAUUCACAAAGCUGGAGGCAUCUCCCUAACUAAAUAGAGGUGGAAAAACAUGCGGCCAUUUUGUCCCAGAGGGUCAGGUACGAUUGAUGCAAAACUCCUUAACUGUUCAUUUCCAUAAAUAGAUCUGUCUCCUUCAUUAGUAUUACUCUGAUUGUGGAACAAUGUAAGCAAUUAUCAAGUCUUUUCCGAACAAAAUUUAUUUCUCCUCUGAAAGAGAAUUGCAUUUGCAGAAUUCCUUGUCACAUGUAGACAGAGUGACUCACGUGAUUGGUGUGACAGACUUCUUAAUAAUUGCAGUGCCAUUGUUCCACUUUGCUAUUCAAAUACAAACUUUAAAUUUACAUUUCAGUGUGUUGCUAUGGUGUUCAAUGUGCUACAAUUUGUGUUCCCUGUAUGAAGCAAGGCUUUCCACAGCUACAUGUGCAUUUAACAUAUAAUAAGUUCCAAAAUGCUGAAAACGUUGUUAUCCUGGCAGCAUAACAAUUAUAAAGCCACUUUGUAAACUAAAGUUGGAACCUGGAAGAACUGCAUAACAAAAGAAUUGAGUUAUUUAGGGAGUUUUGUAUCAUCAUUUUAAAGUAGUGAUACCUGUCCCUUCCGCUUUUUAGGGCCAGAGCGCAAGGGGCAGCUUCAGCUUGUGAUCACACCCAUCUUAUCUGUUGCUAAUAUACUUGCAGUUGAAUGCUUGUGCUUUAUCUUUUGCUUUUUGAAACAUUUUCAGAGAUAAUUUCAGCACCAGAACAUGGGAAAUGGUCACAAGCUGUUAAUAUUUUAAUGUAUUGAUUUCAUUGUUAAUCUAUGGGGCUUUUGAAAAUAGAACAGUUAUGCUUGUAUAUUGAGAGAAUAUUUCCCAGAAUAGCUGGUACUCUGUUCUGCUCUCUGAUGAACAGAUUUGAAUGUUUUAAUUUUUAAGAAGGCUUUGAUAAUUUAAACAUUGUAUAUGUGUGUGUAUAUUGAACUAUACAAACGUGUCAGGUAGCCUUGUAGAAUGAUUUUUAUGAUGGACCUCAUGUUACAUGUUUGUCACUUCACAUACUUCAUUAUAGCUAUGUCACUGAAACUGAAAACAGAUAAAACAAGAUAUCUUUAUUGGAUGAUUACUGUAAAACAUGUAAACUCAAUUAUAGAAAUAAAUGUAAAAAAUAGAUAUGUUGUCUUCUCAAGGUCAUUGUAAACAAUUACUGUCUGUUUUUUGUUUCUGUUGAAGGAUGCAUUAACAGUAGUGCUUUAUAUGGACAAUGCUGUUUGCAGUUAAUAAGUAAUUUAUUUGUUUGUGAGUAAUCAGUAUUGUUUCGUGUGCUUCCAUAUCUUUCACAGUCAGAGAUUUAUCAUUGACUUUGUUAGUAAUGCAAUGAAAAUUUUGCAUCUAUGAAGUGCAAAUGAUAAAACAAAGAUAUACCAAAAAAGCAGUACCUCUUUCUUGCCGUGUCAUAUCAAACUUCUGAUCCCAGAGAUAAUGUAUCAGCUUUCAUUCUCUUGUAUUCUAAACAUUUUUUGACAACAGUUUUAUGUAAUGAUAGUGCAUAAUACAAUGUAUGAUGAUUUUUUGUGUAAUUCUGGGAAACAUUUUCCAGUUUUUGAUUAUACUUACACGUGCAGUAGGGGGCUGGAAAAGAAUGCGGUAUCUUUUCCAUUCUCAGAAUGAAAUGUUCCUUCUAGCUUUAUGUGUAAAUCUUAAAGCUAAUAGGAAAUCUGAAAUAAUUAAAAAACUGAUUUUUCUUUUGUCUGUGUCUUAACCUGAUAGCUUCCUGUACACCAUAUGUUUUUAAAAAUAGUUCUUCUGAACGUGAGAAUAUCUUAUGUUUAAUAAUAAAACAAAUGGAAUGUUAUUGUGUAUUUUAAAAUAAGCCACAGGCUACAUUCUUCAGAUGUCCAGAAACAUAAAGUGUUGAUGGAUAUUGUGCUCUAGAACUGUCUGAAUAUGUAGUAAUAUCCCUUUUAUUUUGUAACUCGAACAUAAUCUAAAAAUGUGUAGGUGGAAGAUUUCUCAUUAAAUACAGUUAUAAUUGUUUUAUAAAAUAUUUUGACAAGAUCAAGGACAAGUCUCAUUGUUUUGAGAGACAGGUUUUAACUUUGCACAGUAGUUUUCUGUUUCUGUCUACAACAAAAUCAUGUUGGAAAUAGCUUCUUAUUAUUUGUAAACAAAUUUAUCUUAUGUGUGUGAGAAAGGAUUGUUGGUGUAUUACAAAUUACGCCAUUUCUUUCAGCGCCUAGAAAAUGGCUUUUUAUUCUUUCAGAUACACUUACAUGUCAUUCUCACAGUAUUGCCCAAAACAUUAAUUCCAUUCUCCAGAAAAGCUUUGCACAGACAGUACUAUUUCAUGAUAAUUGUAAACAAAUUUGCCUCUUUAGAUACUGAAAUCAAUAAACUGAUAUUCUAAAGUAA